AUGAUCAAGCUAUUUUCGGCAGCGGGCGAGAAGAUCGGGCAUGCCAUCCACAUGGUGGAGGACCAUGUCCACAUGAAGUGCAUAAAGAUGGCUGAAAUUGUCAGUUUGGAGGAGAAGAAGCUCAAGUUCUUGUUGGGCAACUGGCCGAAGGACCCUGUACAGAAACAGGUUGGUUCUGCCAUGUAUGUCUUUACAGUGAUUAUUGGCUGGGACGAGGAGGACGCCUAG